UCUUCUUCUUCUUCUUCUUCUUCUUCUUCUUCUUCUUCUUCUUCUUCUUCUUCUUCUUCUUCUUCUUCUUCUUCUUCUUCUUCUUCUUCUUCUUCUUCUUCUUCUUCUUCUUCUUCUUCUUCUUCUUCUUCUUCUUCUUCUUCUUCUUCUUCUUCUUCUUCUUCUUCUUCUUCUUCUUCUUCUUCUUCUUCUUCUUCUUCUUCUUCUUCUUCUUCUUCUUCUUCUUCUUCUUCUUCUUCUUCUUCUUCUUCUUCUUCUUCUUCUUCUUCUUCUUCUUCUUCUUCUUCUUCUUCUUCUUCUUCUUCUUCUUCUUCUUCUUCUUCUUCUUCUUCUUCUUCUUCUUCUUCUUCUUCUUCUUCUUCUUCUUCUUCUUCUUCUUCUUCUUCUUCUUCUUCUUCUUCUUCUUCUUCUUCUUCUUCUUCUUCUUCUUCUUCUUCUUCUUCUUCUUCUUCUUCUUCUUCUUCUUCUUCUUCUUCUUCUUCUUCUUCUUCUUCUUCUUCUUCUUCUUCUUCUUCUUCUUCUUCUUCUUCUUCUUCUUCUUCUUCUUCUUCUUCUUCUUCUUCUUCUUCUUCUUCUUCUUCUUCUUCUUCUUCUUCUUCUUCUUCUUCUUCUUCUUCUUCUUCUUCUUCUUCUUCUUCUUCUUCUUCUUCUUCUUCUUCUUCUUCUUCUUCUUCUUCUUCUUCUUCUUCUUCUUCUGCUGCUGCUGCUGCUGCUGCUUCUGCUUCUGCUUCUGCUUCUUCUGCUUCUUCUGCUUCUGCUUCUGCUUCUUCUCCUUCUUCUUCUGCUGCUGCUGCUCCUUCUUCUUCUUCUUCUUUUUCUUACAGGUACAUAUUUUCUUUUCCCCGGGCAAAAAUCAAUGUUGUGUGUGUGUGUGUCAGUCCAUUUGGAAGUUGCAAGCUCGGCGAUCUGAUGCGGUCGGUUCCGCCAUUAGCACCAUCACUGCCGGGCCGGCGGGCAGUGAUCACCGCGGAGUGUGGCACAGGCGCCGUAACCCGCAUGGAAACCCAGUAA